UAUAUAAUAACUGUCCCGUCUUGUCCAGUACUCAGUUCAAAGUUUACUCCAUUCGUGAACAACGUCUUAUAUUUUAAUAUUGUCCGGGAGACAAUUUUUUCUUAACCAUUAUGUUUCGUUUCGUAUUCGUUCUUUGCGCUUUGAGCGCCGUUUUAGCUGCUCCCCAACGCAACCUCAGUGCUUCUGAACUUGAAGAGAAAGCUGAAAUUGAAAAAAUCCAAAACGAAAGCGCUCACUAUUCCUUCGAUUCAUCUGUCAAUGAUGAUAUCAACGAUCAAGCCCUCCAAAGGACAGAAACUCGUGAUGGAACAAAAGUAGAAGGCUCAUACUCGUACAGUGAUGGUUAUGUCCGUCGUACUGUUCAUUAUGUUGCCGAUGAAAAUGGUUACAGAAUUGUUAAGGAAGAUAUGGAAGAAAUUGGUGAAGGUCCAAUCUUCAAUCCAAAUGGUCAAGCUGAUAUUUCUGGAUCACAAAUUGGUCAAUAUUCCAUUAAAUUGGAUCAAAGUGACAAUGAAAAACAUUACAAAGAAGUUAAGUCACAAUAAGUUGUUAUAUCUUAUUAAGUACAAAUAAUUGUUAAAAAAAAUGAAAAAAUGAAGAAAAAAAAAAUAUCUGUAUUAGACUGAAAUAAUUUUAUUAGCUAUUAUAAACUUAGCUGAACUGUAAGAUUUAUUAAAAAAAAAUGUUGUUUUUGAAUGGAAUAAAUAUAACUCAGGACAGGGUUAACUGUUGAAAGUUAAUUCAAUGUGCUGAAAAAACAUCAAAAA